UCUUUCCCUCUUCCGAUCGGGGAACGGUGCCCUACGUUUCUAUUCCCGACCCCUGCAUGCCUCACUUCGCAUGCCCUGCCGACGCCGUCUCGCGUCAGUGUCCCAACUCACAGCUUGAUCCGCUUGCAAUCGGCAAUGUCUGUCACUCUGUGAGGCGUAUGACUGUUGAUUCGAUUCUUCUGAAGGUUUUGCGGUGUGGGUGUCGGGGUUUUUGUGGAGUUGGGUUGCAGAGGCUUAGAGGACGACUUAGUGGAGGUGUGUGCCACCCUGUUUGUACCUCAUCGGUUGUUGUUUUGGUAAGAGGAGAGGGAGCAGUCAUGAAGGGUGGGCGGAGGCAACGAGCGAUAGGGCAAGCAGUGGUGGCACUCAUGACGGUCCUCAUGAGCAUGGUGGUGGCGGAUGCGGCUGCUGUGGUGGAUGUUUAUAGAAUGAUUCAGUAUGAUCUGAAGGGGAAUCCGAUGGGUUCUCGCCGUGCCGCGCUCAACCAUCACACCGUCUCUGGAUUCGACGUGCAAGGUGCUGACCUCUCGCGGGCUGUUGUUAUCCUGCCCGCGCUUAAAGUCAACAUCAGUUCCCUCGAUGAGUUUGUGCAGAACAAAGGCCUGCUCGGGGGACUUCUCCUGCUACUUCCGCAACGAUCCGAUGAGACUGGUGGAGCAGAAGGCGAUGAUUCAGAUGAGAAGGUUGCGAAAGCCCUCGCGGAGCUGGAGCAGUGGCUUGUUCACAACACUUUUCAGUACCCAGUUUAUUUUGCGUAUGAGGACGAGAACCUGCUGAAACUCCUCCACGAAGUUGCCGCCAGUGAUGCAGCCGGCAGGCCUGCCUCAGCUACCAAUGGAGGUUACAAGCUGGUUGUUUCAGCGCCGGAGGCGAAGAAGUUAACGACGCCAACGAUUACUAACAUCCAAGGAUGGUUACCAGGACUGCGGGCCGAGGGUGAUAGUUUGAUGCUGCCAACCAUAGCUAUUGUGGCUUCGUAUGAUACCUUUGGAGCAGCUCCUGCACUUGCGUCAGGGAGUGACAGUAAUGGAAGUGGGGUUGCUAUGUUGCUGGAAUUGGCUCGGUUAUUUUCACGGUUAUAUGCCAACCCCAAUACGCGAGGUCGUUAUAAUCUGCUUUUCGGCUUGACAUCUGGAAGCCCAUACAACUACAACGGCACAAGCAAUUGGCUUCGAAAUUUCGAUCAGCGAUUGAGGGAAAGUAUGGAGUAUGCGCUGUGUUUGAACUCCCUUGGUUCUUCAAGUGACCGCAUGUUGUUGCACGUGUCUAAGCCUCCUGAAAACGCAUUUAUUCAACAGAUAUUCUCUGAGAUUGAAAGUGUAGCCAAAGACUCUGAUCUGACUGUGGAACUCAAACACAAGAAGAUAAACAUUUCCAACUCGCGAGUAGCAUGGGAACAUGAACAAUUUUCUCGACAACGGAUAACUGCUGUAACCUUGUCCCACUUGGAAGAACCCCCGGAGUUGCUCCAGCGAACAGGAGGAAUUGCGGACAUUCGAAGGUCUGUGAACGAGACAGUCGUGUUAAGAAAUAUCAAGGUUGUCGCAGAAAGUUUAGCGAGGCACAUUUAUGGUCAACAAGGGAAGCAGGUGGAACUGUUUGCAGCUGGAAGUAACCUGGCGCUCAAUCCCUCUUAUGUGCGCUCGUGGCUUAAUUUGUUGGGACGCACAUCCAGAGUGGCUCCUUUUCUCGGAAAGAACGCUCCUAUUAUCAAUGCCUUGCACAAGGAAUUAUCGCAACAUACAAAAGAUGCCAGUUUACAGCAUGAGACUUUAGACUCAACAUUUUUGUUUUAUGAUUCGACUAAGGCCCAACUUAAUGUGUAUCAGGUGGCCAGUGUAACAUUCGAUUUCAUUGUGGCUCUUGCGGUGGGGUCAUAUUUGAUGCUCCUCUUCAUUGUCCUUUUUAUCUCCACCAAGGGUGUGAAAGAUUUCGUCGGGAUAUUUCGCAAGGCACCGUCAAGAAAGUACAAAUCAACUUAAUAGGCCGCAGUUAUCCAUUUCACUUUUUCACCUGUUUAAGUUCCUUCACUGGCAUGAGAGACUUAACGCACGUGGACGAUUUUGUAGUGGUAGUCGGGUCGACUGCUGAAAUGCAAACGGGGCCCAGCUUUUAUGGAUGGUUGUCAAGAGCUCACUCUUUAAAAAGUGCAGGUUCUUGGCACUGAUUUCCUCACCAGGCCGACAUGGAGUUGCUCAUGCCAGAUGUAUUUGACGCUGAUCUGGGUCAUUCUUAGUGCGCUCAGAAUCUUUUGUGUAUACUAUUGGUUGCCUGCCUGGUGGGGAACACAUGGCAUAUGCAAUUUGAAAGUAGCCAUACUUAGGAACUCUGAAGAAAAUGUGUUUGUUUUGAAAUAGCUGUUACUGCGUGCUGUGUGCAAUUGAGUUGCUCUCAUUCGCCGAACUCGUCUUCCUCAGUUUUUUUCAGCAGAUAAAAGAGUCAUUUCCUUGAAGUAUGCAUUACAGGUAGAGACUCUUCUUCGGUAAUGCACAAUUCGUAGGAAUUUCAGUCA